UUGACAUUUCCUAUAAAAUCGCAAGCACCAGGUCCUCAUGGAUAAGCAUCUGCCAUGGCUUCUCCGCCAUUGCCCAAGCUCUUCCUGCUCUUCGCCUCCAUGGCCAUAGCAGCACUGGCUAAGCACAGUAGCGUCCACCUCCACUUCUACCUCCACGACAUCCUCAGCAGCCCCAACGCCACCGCAGUCCUGGUCGCGUCGGCCCCCAAGCCGGCCGCCAGUACGGGACCGCCCUCGCUCUUCAAUUUCGGAGACGUGGUGGUGAUCGACGACCCGCUGACGGAGGGGCCGAACCUGUCGGAGUCGAAGCUCGUGGGGCGCGCGCAGGGCCUCUACGUCCUGGCCUCGCAAGGCCCCACCGAUCCGGCGCUGCUGCUGACGACGAGUCUCGUGUUCACGGAGGGGCGGCACAGCGGCAGCACGCUGAUGGUCCUAUCGCGGGACGCCGUGCUGGCGCCAGUGAGGGAGCUGCCGGUGGUUGGAGGCAGCGGGGCCUUCCGGUGGGCCCGGGGAUACGCCCUCGUGAAGACCUACGCCUUAAAUGCCACCAACGGCGACGCCAUCUUGGAGUGGGACGUGUAUGUACGCUACUAAUUAAUUACUAGUUUAAUUCCGAAUAAUUUGUGAUGAAUUAUUUGUUAAUCCCUGCAUCACGUCGUUAAUGGUUAUAAAAUAAUUUCGAGUA